AUGCUACCUAAUUUAAGAAAUCUGUAAAAAAGAAGACCAACUGCUAUAACUCCUGACACCUCUUAAAAAAGGAUGCUAUUAUAAAAAAGUGAGCAUCAUGAUAUUUACUCUUUAAAAUCUUAAAUUGAAUCUUUAUAAAAACAACUAGAAUAUGUUUAAACAAAUAAAUCAUUUGUAAUGAAGAUAACUUCUCCACCUUCAUGUACAUAAUGUUCAAAAUUUAAAGUAACUAUCUAUUAUUAUUUUGCAGCAAUAAUUAGAUCUUUAAUAAUUGAAUGAAAAAAUUACAAAAAGAAAUUAUGAUCAAAAAAUUGAUGAAUUACAUAAAUAAUCUCAAAAAGUUAUUCUAACUAAAGGAAAAACUAUAGAAACAGAUUCAAGGUAUGAUGAUUUACUAUUUAAAUUGAAAUAAAUUUAUUAAUACGAACUUCUAUUUGCUGAAGACAAUACUAUUAAUAUAAAUAAUAUAUAGAAAAUAUAAUUUUCAUACAGGAACUCUAAAGAACAAAAUCAAUAAUCUAUUUAGUAAUUGUUAUUACAACUUGAAGAAUAAGAUUAAAUUAUCAAAAAGUAAUCCAUCUCAAUUAAAAAUUACAAUUCAUAAAUUGAUUAAUUGAAUAAUGUCAUUUCAAAUCUUCAAAAUUAAUUAGACAAUCUUAAAAAAUAGUUAAAAGAUCGUUAAGAAUUAAACAAAAAAACUUUGUAAACUUUACCUAAUGAAGUAUCUCCAAAAUUAAAUAUCGACUCUUAAUAAGAUAAAUCUAUCUUAUAAUAAUUAUUAUUUUAGAAUUAAUCUCUAAAAGAAAAAUUAAUUUAAUAGAAUCAUUAAAUUGAUAAAUCUGCAUAAGAAAAUUAAAUCUAGAAACAUUUAUUGAGAAUAGAAGUUUUGGAGACUGAACUCAAAUUAAGUCUUCGAUGUUGUAGAUGCUAAAAUCUAUUUGAAAAACCUAGAACUUAUAUUCCAUGUGGACAUUCUUGUUGUGAAAAAUGUUAUAAAUAUAAAUGUGAUUCUUGUGAUACAGAAGCUGUCUAUAGAAAUAGACAAUUUGAUGAAUUGAUAAGAGUCUAUUACAUUAUUAAAGAUACCAAAACAUUUAUUCAAGAAUGUCUAUUGAGAUUAUAAGUUUGA